AUGCACUCGCUAUUCUUGUUCAUCACCCUGUCGUCCUUGGUUCUCAGAUCCCACGGCGCUCCCCGUAAUGUCACUGUCGAUGACACAGAUCCCAUGAUUGUAUGCGCUGGCAACUGGGAUGCGAGCAAUAGUCACAUCUCUACGUUGGAUUUCAACGGUAGCCACGCGCUGAGUAGCGAUCCCUCUGCGUCGGCUACGCUCAGCUUCACCGUUAUUGUGGUGUACUUCCUCUCUCCUCGAUGGCCGUACUUGGUGAACUCGACCCUCACCCUCGACGGUGAAGAUACGAUGUUCGUGAAUCUCACAGAUCCUGAGGCUGCACCGACAAAUGGGGGACCAGAAUCGGAACGGAAUGCCGUUCACUGGUCUAGGACUGGACUGGAUAACAAGACACACGAGGUUGUCGUAUCGAUGACUGCUGCAGGACAGUGGGUUGUUCUAGAUGGGUUUAUAUAUACAGUCAAUGAUCAUGAGAAUGAUACCGGCAACACUGCGGGUUCAGGGAGUUCGACUGUGCUAGUUGAUGGGUCUAGUAGUCUGGUCGAUCCGGCUUCCUCUGCUUCUGCUUCCGCCUCUGCGAGUACAGCUGCCGCAGGUUCGGCUAAUAACACUAGUGGCGGCAUCAGCGCUCUGGCCAUCGGACUGGGGGUUUCCUUCAGUGUACUGGUUACGCUUGGAUGCAUCGGCACUUGUCUGAUCUGCCGCAGGCGCAGGCUUUGUCUCCAUGACCGGGUAUCUCCACAGUCAAAUUCGGUGCCAAUCUUGUAUGGGGAGCUACCCCCAACCAACGCCGUCUCUCGUCCCACCACUCCCUUUUUUGUCGCGAAUCCCGAUGAAGAGAGUGAGGGAACCACACUUGAUAUGUAUAUGCGCGAGAAGAAUCUGCAGCGCAGGGUUGUUUUGGAAGACGUGAUGGUACCUCCUCCUGCGUAUUCUGUUUGAUGGCCUUCGUUCUGAAGUUUCUGCGGUUCCGGGAUACGGAGCCUUUUUUUCGUUUCGUUUUGCCGCAGAAGUGGUUAUAUUUCUAUUCUAUCGUUUCACUGCUUUGAGUAGAGGCCUACCAUCUUCUCUCCGAACGUUCUGUACCUGAGCAGCUCUGAGACGUAACAUUAUAUAUUCUCAAAGGGUGUAUCUUGGAUGCAGUCGUGAAUCAUGCGGCUUGUUUCUUGUGUGAUGUAUUCUCAUUCGAUGAAAGUUAUAUAUAGCGG